AUGUCACGCGGUGGUCGAGGUGGCUUUGGCCGCGGAGGCGGUAGAGCCGGUGGUGGUGGCAGCAACAUGCCACCGAUGGGGCUCAGCUUUCAAGAACUCGGCAGCCUCGACAAGACUCCCUCGAAACUAUAUCCGGAACCGCCAACGAUUCCACGAAUGGAGAGGCCUGACCACAAGGAGAUCCGCUACGCCUCGUACCAGCUCAUGUACCUGCAAGAACAAAAGACAUCUGCCUACUGGCCUACAUUAGAAGAGAGGAAGCAAGGAGAUCUCAUCCGCUUCACCGAUAGGUAUCGACCCGAGGCACAAGACCUUCCUUCGCUUAAAUCGAUCCACCUGCAGAAAGAAGUCUUUCCAAAGGGCCUCUGGGAUUCGUUCAUGCAAGGCGAGACAAAACGAGAAGAACAGAAAGCCAAGAAAAAGGCUCGACGCAAGAUCAAUUGGGACUCGAUCGAACUUGAGGAUCGUGCCGGUGCUGACGAUGACAUUGGCGAUGCGUCCUCCGAACCCGAAGAUCUGGGCGACUAUGAAGACGAGGUCGACGACGACUAUGCCGAAAAUUACUUUGACAAUGGCGAGGAUGACGAUGUGGGUGAUGAUGAAGGAGGCGAAGCAGUCUACUAG